ACCUGGUCUUCUUCGCACAACUGUCAAGUGCCACCGGCCGAAAUUAUUUGUUAUUGUUAGAACCAGUGCAAAAUAAAUCCCUAUAUCGCUUUAUUUCUAUUCCAAAGUGUUGAUAUCAAUUAAGUUACUUAAACCUUAAUAAUAGCGGACAAAUCAAAUCAAAAACCAUAAAAAUUCUGCUUGUAAGAUACUUCAAAAUCAGGCGAUUAGACCAUAGUUUGUUUAUUUGACGCAUAAUCAGUGGGACAAAAAUGGAUAUAGUGAAAUAGUUUAACAAAUGCUUAACUUAACAGCGAAAACAAAAAGGAAUCAAAUUAGCGAGCGAAAAAUGGCAGUGCUUGUGUCAAACUGAUAUUGUUGAAACAUCGAAAUUAUUCAACGUAUUCAGUAAAUGAUGUUGAAAAAUGGGUGAAGAGAAGUAAGGUGUAAACAUGAACGAGACUCUAGGACGCGGGUACGCUCGGAUCGAGGCGAUCCGGGCUGCAAGAGGGGAGCCCCUGGCUGCGAUGGCAGACCCGGGUGCUCCGCCCCCCGACCGAUAUAAUUCCGUUUACUUCACCCUCUUUGUCGCGGGCGCCGCUUUCCUUCUUCCUUUUAACAGUUUCAUCAUGGCAGUCGACUACUUCCAGCAUGAAUUUCCGGACACGACCAUCAUGUUCGAUAUGUCGACGGUUUACAUCGCCUCUGCAUGUGUGGCAGUGGUCACUAACAAUCUACUGCUGGACCUUUUCACUUACAACACGAGGAUCACAUUUGGCAUCCUGGUGUCCCUUGCAACAAUGCUGUUCGUGGCAGUUUGUAAUAUAGGCUGGGAUGGAUUCUCGAUGCGAGUGUCAUACACCAUUAAUUUGGUUGCCAUAGGCGUAGUUGCCUUCGGCUGUACAGUACAACAGGCUUCGUAUUAUGGCUUCACUGGAUGCUUACCCCCACGUUACACUCAGGCUGUGAUGGCUGGAGAAAGCGCUGCUGGUUUCUGGGUUUCUCUGGACCGAAUAGUCACCAAAUACAGUUUUCGCCAACCUCACAGCAGCACAUUCAUGUUCUUCGUGUUCUCUAUCCUUAUAUUGCUGGGCCAUUCGAUGCUACAUCACGUGAUGAUGCGUCAUCCCUUAGUUCAGCACUAUUUAAAACUAACAAAUGAGUCUCGUCACCGCAAGCGAAUACAACUGCAUUUGAAUCCAAAUGAAGAUGUAACAUUGAUGGAAAGUGAAGUUGGUGAAUCUAGCUAUGGAGUUUUAAAAUUACAAAGUCCAGCUUUAUCAACAACAGCGGAAACAGAAAACAAAGCUUUCAGUUUCGCAAAUCCCUUGUAUUCGCCAACGGCAGCAGCGCCAGUGUCGCCACCUUGCGUAUCAGAGCCCUCUGCUUGCCCUUCCGCUCUUCUCACCCCUCGACCCUCCUACAAAGUUGAAGAUGUCGUUUUUGAUACACCAGAGAGACCAACGUCAUGGAGGGCGUUUAAAUGUGGAGUUCUAGCUCGUUGGGCAGUGGCCAGGGCUAUUUACCCGUACAUGGUGUCCAUCGGAUUGGUGUAUUUCACCACGCUGAGCCUUUAUCCCGGUAUCGCUUCGGAGGUACCGUCCUGCCGGCUUGGUUCCUGGAUGCCUAUUAUAUUGAUGUCAGCUUUCAACCUCUUUGAUUUCAUAGGAAAGAUUGCAGCAGCCUGGCCAUACGAGUGGAGUCGCAGUCAGCUGUUGAUGGCGAGCGGAGUGCGGCUGCUGCUAGUGCCGCUCAUGCUGCUCUGCGCUGCGCCCAGACACUCGCCGCACAUUGUGGGCGAUAUAUACCCCAUUAUGUUUUCGAUUGUCCUCGGCUUCAGCAACGGUUUGUUCGGCUCCGUGCCCAUGAUAAUGGCACCGUCGCGCGUGGGGCGCGAACAUAGAGAAAUUGCAGGUAACAUGAUGACGUUAUCGUACAAUGGUGGUCUCCUAUCAGGCUCGCUAGUCUCAUACCUAUUGCUGAGCAUGUUAGGCGCGCCCGCCGGCGCUCCGUGCCGCGUGUACCCUACGCCACAGCUGCCGACCAUACCGCCUAUCACUACCACCACCAGUAAUCACACAUUUUUCACUGUUUCACACUAAAUAUGACGUGUAAAUAAAGAUGCGACUGAACACAGAGGAUUAAUUGUAAAAGUGUUUAUGUAUAUUUAAUUAAAUAUUACACUUUAAGACACUUCGUUGAUUAACAUUGUUCUCUAUCCUUAAAUCCC